CUUCUUGAAUUCAGCAGCUGGUUUUUUUAUUAAGCUGGUAAAAGCCUGCCAUUUUAAGGGAUGUGUGGUUGUGAUAUUAUCAUUCAAAAUUUCAGUAAUAGGUUUGGUAAUAAACUCAUGUUCAUACAAUAGGCAAGUUAGCUUUAGGAUUAGCCAGCUAGGUGUUUUAUUAUAAUACAUAGAAGAACUCUAAAAUCAUCAAUCAUUGCCAUAAAGUUAAUGUUUAUCACAUCUAAGCAGAUAAAAAUCUAACCAUCUUCAGCAGCAUGUUUGAAACACCAAGAUAAUAUAAUGUACAACUAAGGUGACAUGGUUUUUACUUUGCUGAUUAUACAUUCUCGUGAAAAUGAAAAAUAUCAAAUAUAUACUUACUUCCCUGAGGGCUGGUAGCAAUUUUUCAAAUGAUUUAAUUUUUCAGGGGUAUUAGGAAAGUGGCAAUAUAUAGGUAAUCCACAAUUUAUGACCAGCCAUUUACUGGAUGUUUGAAAUCACAGUGGAUUUCCUCAGGGCAAGUUAAUGAAACUAAAUUCAAAAUUCCUGACAGCAGUUGGGGGAAAAAAAUCAUGAAAUCAGUCACAUGGUUACUCAGUUAACAACUGGUACAACUUAUGACCAUAAUUAUGGUUGAAUGUCAAUGUCUAACUAUAUCUAGUAACACAGAAACUUGAAACUUAGAGCAAAUUCAAUCUAAUACAUAAUAUAUCUUUGAAAAAGUUCACAUAGAAAUUUCAUCAGGCUGUGGGUUCUUUUGUUCCCAGUCUUGAAGUACUCUUACACAGAUAUUAGUUCUGUAUUAAUCUCUAUUGUCCCACUUGUUGCCUUUCCAUAGUUUUCCAGUUCUCCCCCCGCCCCCAAAUAUGGGGUUGGUGAAAGUGUGGAUCACAAAAACUUGUAUUUUCUAGCUUUCUGAUACAACAGUAGAGGAUUAGAGGAAAACUGCUGAUCUGGUAAACUGUUAAAUUUAAGACUCAUUUGGCCUCAUGUAUGAUAUUGAAGACUAUUAGUGAGCAUGCUUACAUAAAUUUAAUCAUCUUUUACUGUCAGAUGUCAAGGAUUGGGAUUAUUUGUUUGAUGUAAAAUUUUUAAUUAUGAAAUAGUUUUUCCUUGGAAGUAUUUGGUUCAGGACUACUUCCCUCAAAAUAUAGCCUGUCACUAUAGCUAUCCAUUUCUUCCAGCUUUGACAUAGAAACUGUGCAAAUAAACAGGAAGUUUUAAAUAAGUCAGAACAGAAGGUUUCCUGUCCAAUAAACUAUACUCUUGAAUAUUUUAAUUGAAUUUGUUGAACAGAAAUUACAAGAGGUUAUUGUAAAAACUUUUAUCUAAAUAAAAAUGUAAACAUUUUCACUAUAUAUUUAAAUGUUUUAAAAAGUAGCAAAGUUAACAAGCUUUUUGAGGAUUAAUGCUAUGAUUUCUAAUAAAGUUAACUUUCUGAUUAUAUAACUACUAAAUUUAUAUGCCACAUGAUGCACAGCAAUUCUUGGUGGUUUAACUUGUUUAAAAAAUUUAACACACACACACACAUUCAGACACAUACCAAGACAGAACAGCAAUGACAAAGAAAACAAAACCCUAAAGGAAGAAAGGGGCAUCAGUCAUCUUUGCCAAAGACUCAGGCAAGUCGGUGUGUGUAUAUAUGUAUUUAUUCAUGGAAAUACAUUUUGGAAUGUAAACGAUUAUAUUAGGUGGCUCAUAUCUAUUGUUGUUGGUCUAUUCUGGUAAGGAUCAACAUCUGCUUACUGUGUCUGCAGCAUUUGUAUCUCGGAGUGGAGGAUUGUUUUUCUUUAAUAUUUAUUUUUAAUGUUGGAUAUUUCAGGUACUAUUUUCCUUUAAAUGCAGAUUUGCAGAUUGAUCUUGUUAAGUCCUCGGGGCUACGACGCCACCUACAGACUUGCCAGCAUCCAUGCGAUCCUGAUUGGCUAAGACGCGAGCUAUUGCAAAGCAGGAAAACUGAAGCCCCGUCAUUGGUGCAGCCAUCUGACAGCUCCGUAUUUAAGCAGCUGUCAGAUGGCACUUGUUGCUGUUGCCCUCACGGAAGUUUAGCCUGUUAGCUGUUAUUCUGUCAGCGUUAUUCUGUUAGCAAUAAAGGUUGUUGUUGAACUGCAACCUGUCUAGCCUCAGUUCUUGCCCGCUGAGUCUCCCUAUAGAGAACUGGCGACGAAGGUGGGAUUAAACUGAGGUAAGACCGGCUAAGUCACUAACAGACUUGAGGCUCAGUCACUAGAGGCUAUCUUCCGUUCCGUUUUUCUAAGGAUGGCAACACAGCCCUCAUUCACUCUGUUUGAAUCAGCCACCAAAACAUGGGACACAUACCUCGAACGUUUUGAGUGCUUUUUACAGGCAAACGAGUUCACUGAGUUGUCUAGUGCUCAGAAACAAGGCUAUUUCCUCAGUUUGUGUGGCUGUGAGAUGUUCGGGACUGCGCAAGCCCUAGAAGCCCCUCAGCCUGUAUUUGAGGUGCCAUGGGAGACCCUGCUGGGAAAGCUGAAGAACCACUACGCCCCUGCGUCCUUGCACAUAGCCAGAAGGAAUGCAUUUUGCCAAUGGAUCCAGAGAGAAGGGGAGUCGAUUAAUUAACACAUGGCCUCCUUGCGGUCAGCCACCUUGUAUUGCAACUUCCACAACCUUGACGACAUCUUGUUAGACCAGCAUGUCUGUGGGUUCAAAGACAUGAGGCUGCUGCAGCAGUUGUUAGCCCACAUGGAGCUGAAUCUACAGACGGCAAUGGACGAAGCCAGAUUAUCUGAAAUGUCUGACAGGUCAGUCUGUGGAGAUCCAGAAGUUCCAGGAAUCUACCCUCCCUGCCGGGAAAGGCCAUGUUGUCCACCAUGAGGAUUCAGAUCAAGAUGACACCUUGGACAAGGACGAAGGAGUGAGUCGCCUCAAAACCGCACCAAAAAUGAAAUGGACCCCUGUGGUCAAGUUCCCUCAGACCAGUUGUUUGGGCUAUGGUGGGAACCAUAACUCAGCCGAUUGCAGGUUCAAAACCGCCAUCUGCCGGCACUGGGGCAAAAGGGGCCAUCUGUCAACGGUCUGUCGGGCCGCAUUGCCUGUGAAUCACAGGCCGCCUGAGCCCAACUACAAGAAAACAUUCAAAAAACCUCCAAGAUGUCGCAGUGACUGUUUUGUGGUCAGUCAUGCCACGGCGACUUUACCUAACAAUAAAAUUUACCUCACGGUAAAGCUGGAAGGGGUUCCCUGUAAGAUGGAGGUGGACACAGGAUCCUCUAAGUCCCUGAUACCCUGGGCCACCAUCCAGCAAAUCUUGCCCAGCAUCUCCAAGCAACACCUCAAGCCAUGCCAGGUCAGACUGAAAGACUACCAAGGAAAGGCUAUUCCAAUAAUGGGAUGUGAUGAUUUCCACAUCAACCACAGAAAUUUCUCCGGCUGCCUUCCCUUGAUCAUCGUGAAAGGGAACCUGCCUAGCCUUCUGGGGUUAAAUUGGUUUACGGUGUUUGGCCUCAACAUACUGGGCAUCCAUGCCAUGGUUCCUGACAUCUACAACAGCCUCUCUAGCGAAUAUGCAGACGUUUUUGACAACCAGCUGGAACUGUGGUUCAAAUCCGAGAUGGCUGCCAGGCCACAUAACACAACUAACUGGGCCGAGAUCGAAGAUGGGAGAGAAUGGCGCAGACGUAUAAACCAGCUAAGGAGAAGGUUCCCGAGCACAGCCAAUCAAUGUCCAGAGCAGGCCUAUCCAUGCCCUGGGGAAAAACAUUGCCCAGCAGAUCAGCAUGCCAAGCUGGAGGAACCGAAGUGUUCUCGACACCUGACUUACUUGAAGAACUGGGUUACCCAGUAAAGACUAGGCCUCCUUCUGAAGUGGUGACGCAGUCUCCAGGAGUUCCGGAGGAUUCCUCAACAGCUCCUCCUUUGGCCACCACCCCUGAACUGAGACGAUCAGGGCAGAGCCGAUGUUGGCCAGCGUACCUAUCUAAUUAUGCAUGCGCUAUCUGGGAGGAGAGGGGUGUUAAGUCCUCGGGGCUACGACGCCACCUACAGACUUGUCAGCAUCUGUGCGAUCCUGAUUGGCUAAGACGCGAGCUAUUGCAAAGCAGGAAAACUGAAGCCCUGUCAUUGGUGCAGCCAUCUGACAGCUCUGUAUUUAAGCAGUUGUCAGACUGCACUUGUUGCUGUUGCCCUCACAGAUGUUUAGCCUGUUAACUGUUAUUCUGUUAGCGUUAUUCUGUUAGCAAUAAAGGUGGUUGUUGAAUUGCAACCUCUCUAGCCUCAGUUCUUGCCCGCCGAAUCUCCCUAUAGAGUAGAUCUAAACUUUAUAUAUUAGUGCUGGGCAUACUGUCAGCCAGAUGUUUAGUCCGAAUUUUUAUCCACCUAUCAAGUCCUUCUCAAGGACUUGGGAUAGGCAGGUGUGUUGUUUGAUGAUAUUAAAGGUAUUGUUGCAAGAUCUAAGCUGUUCAAAGUAAAGCUGCCUUUUGCAAUUGACAGAUGGGUAUUUUGUCAAUGGUGAUGAUGUUCAAGUGGUGCUCCAUGGAUUUUGGCAUUAUAUCCAAGGUAGCUAUUACUACUGGCACUAUCAUAGCUUUCUUUUGUCAUUCUACUGUUUGCAGGUCUUUUUAUAUUGUGAUCUUUCUCUAGUUCUUUUUUGUAUAUCUUGUCUCCGACUAUUGCAAUGUCUACUAUUCAGACUUUCUUUGUCUGUUAUUGAUAAUUUUUAACUCUGGGAUGUUAUGUGGCAGAUAUUUAUGCAUUUGAAUUUAGCUUUAGCUUCUUCAUUUUCUAUGACUUUUCCUGUUUUGUCAUCUCACCAAUUCUUGCUUGCAGACAAAUGAUAUUUCUUGCAGAUCUUCCAAUAUACCAUUGUUGUUAUUUUGUCAUGUCAUGGUUUGUAAAUGGUCUGUGGAGAUUCCCAGUCUUUGGUUUGUAGUCAAUCUGUGCAGUCUUCUUAUAGCAGCUAACCAAGUGGUCCAUUGUUUCUUCAGCUUCUUUGCAAGAGGCAGCACUUGCUGUUUAUUGCUGUCUUCUCAAUUCUGGCUUUAUGCAUUUGUUUUUAAUGUUUUGUGCAGCCAUAAUUAGCUCCUCUGUCUCUUUCUUCAACUUCAUGCUCUUAGCUAUUGCUUUGCCUGCUAUUUAUUAUGUACUACCCCUAUAAUGCCUUGCCAUGUCUCUUUUCUAGUCUUCAUUUGGUCUUUCUUUCGGCCAGUUUGGUCUCUCCAGUAUUCAGUAAGCCUUCCUCGUAUACUAGCUUCAGCACAUCUUCACUGCUCUUCAGAUAUUCUCCCAGGGCCCUUUUUUCUUCUUCAGCUGCCUGAUGUACUUGCAACAUUCCAUACCAACCUAUUUUCCAUGGUAAGUGGGGUCCAUCAACAUCACUGCAUGGAUGAAGGUCACGAUUCAUUAUCAUCAUUUUUUCUGGACUUCCCACCCACAGUUUUUAGUUCUAUAUGAGUCCAGUCCAGUAUUCCAGCUGUGUAUAAUUAUUGGAACCACAAGUGUUAAUCGCCUUGAUGGUAUUUCCUCUACUGAGUUUGUACUUUUUAAGUUUUUCUUCAGUCUUAUUCUAUAUUCACUUCUAACCUUCUUGUUGAAGGUUAGAAGUGCUUCUAACCUUUGAUGUGCUUGAUAUUGUCAGCUUGAAAAAUGCUCAGAUCCUUGAAGGAUACUAUUUGUAGUGAUCAUCUUCAUCCAGACUUUUGAUGUUAUUUCCAAUUUUGAUUCCUUCAGUUUUCAAUACUUUCCUGGUAUUGAUUCUCACUUAAUGAUGACAAUAAGGAAGUGCUGGGAUUGCAAUGUGUCUCAUGAUGUCAUGCUUUACAACUGCAUUGCUUUGCGACAAAAAGUCUGGUCCCAGUUGCUAACAUUAACCAAGGACUACUUGUAAUGUAACUCAAGGUGGCAAACAUACUAAUAUUCUUGCCUUUUGUUUUCCCACAACAAUCUUGUGAAGAUUGAGUAACUUGCCCAAAGUCAUCCAGUAUAAGUAAAAUACACAAACAUGGAAAUACAGUAUGUAAACUGGAAUUUUUAAAAAACUUGCUUUAAUUCCAAGCAGUUUCAACCAGUUAAUAGUAUGUUUGAGGAACAUGAGACUGCCUUAGACUGCCAUAAAAACUUAGUGAAUUUUUGAUAGAAAGUCCGUUUGCUUUAGAUUUAAAUGGCAAUAGAAAAUUUCUUUUCCUCUAUCCCUUCACAGACUUUUGAGAAAUGAUGGAUAUUUUAUCCCUCUCUCAUGCACAAUAUCGUGUUUACUUUAUAGCUAUCUCCACUUGAUUUGCAAAAGUAAUUUUUCACUUUGUAGUUUAUUUUAAUUUUCUCCCUCAGCAGUAUCUUUAUUAGAAGAGGGAAAGCGAGUAAAAAAAUGCUUGGAAUAAAAAAACACAAUAUGGGCCACAUUAAGAAUGUUCCGAGGGUAUGGAGAAAAAUUUGGAAUGUCAUGAAUGUUAUAUUGGCUUAAACAAUCCCCUGUUAUUUUUUAUAUUGUUUUUUACCUUAAAGCCACAAAAAGUAGGAUAUUACUUCUGACUGAGUGCUGUUGCCUACCCUACAAAAACACUGACAAUAGGAUUUUUAAAAAAUAUUUUUUAAAAUUGUCUUAAGAAAUAAUGGAACUGAAUUAAAACAAUUAAUUGUAAUACAAUCUAGAGAGACUAUUUUGAGCCCAGCAGGAAGCAAGCAAAACAAUUUAUAUUACUUCAAUAAAACUCAUAAACAACAACCAAUAAAAACAAACACACAAAGCCAAGACAUUCCUUAUGGCUAUAGUUUUGGGAGAAGUUUCUUUCUAAUAUACCUGAAUAUAUUUAACUGUUUUUCUUUGGGAACUAGGCCGUAAUCAAUAAGAAGCAGCAGCAAUAAACAUGCAAAAUGACUUAGUAGCUCAUGAUAAACUAUGAUGAUGAAAUCAAUAUAAUAUUUCUUUAUGGGCAAGGUCUUUGUAGUCAAAGUAAUCUCUUGUAAUCAAAGUAUUCCAAUAUGGUGUCCAAGCCAGUACAUUUAGAAACAUUGACAUCCUUGAAGCUAUUUGAUUUAAGUUUCCUAGCUCUAUCUUUACAAUCUCAAGAUGCAUUAAAGCAUUGUACUUUGUUCAGGCUUGGUUUUCUUUCAUGCUACAGCUUAAUACCAAUUCUUUUCUAGAUUGGCUCUUGUUCCAUUUGUUCUUGGAGACUACUCUAAGUAAACCUGGUUUUAAAGGGUGAUUAGCAGGCUUCCUUUUGUAGGACUUUUUCAGGAGCUGCUUUGUUCAUUAAGUUUUCAUAAUACUGGAAAUAUUGUUAAAUAGCACUUCGGGAUAUUGAUCUUCAAUUUAAACCUGGUUCUCGGUCUUAUAGUUUGUGUGGCCUUUUCACAAUGGGUUGAUGCCAACCUCUCAUCUAUUAAGUGCUGAAAUUCCAUUGAGCUUUCACUAUGUAGUGAAUGUGGAAAAGGCGCACUUCCAAGGUAUUGCUAAAUGGCAAGAUUUCAGGAAGAGGACCUAGAGCAUGCUCUCCCCCCCCAAAAAAAUCUGGUCUUGUGGGAUGGGCAGAUAGGGAGAGUUGGUCCUCACAAAUGAAUGGGCGUAUACUGUGCUUUGUGUGGUGAUUAUGUCAGACAGCAUGUUCAGUUACAUUGUGAAAAAUCACAUGGCAUGUGACGGAGAUUUUGUAUUCACAGCGGGACGGUUCUUUGUUUGCAUGGUUAUAACAUGAUAUGCAAUCUGUGUGUCUGCACUGACUUUGUGUAUAACAUGGCUUGUGAUUUAUGCAUGCUGCACUAAUCUCUGUUAUCUGUCCCCUCUUU